AUGAGUGCUUCGGGCGGGUUCGGUAAUGGGCGCUUUGCGCGGGGGAAGCGGGCCCGCGAGGGCGCCAACGCCGCCGCCUCGGCGGGGAGCAAUCCGCCGCAGAGGGCGCGGCCAAAUGGUCCACCGGAGUAUUACCUGCAGGUGCGCCAGGUGGUGUUUCGCGUGCUGCAGGAGCACGCCGGUGCUGCUGCGAUGCUGACGCGGGGGAAGCUGGUCGCGUCACUCUGCGACGCCUGCGACGCCGUGGCGCGCCAGGAGCCGCUGGAGGCCCCGCUGGACCUCGCCAUGCUGAGAAAAGGCGUGGACGAGUGUUUGCACGGGGCCAGUGGAUCGGAGGUGGACACGACACAACUCGACGCCAUCGCGGAACUCCUCACCUCGGGCUUGGCGAAGGUGGUGCCGAAACUGCCGCCGCCGACGGUGUCCGAGGAGACGCCGGAGGACGGCACGCGCCCCGCAAAGAGACAACGUGGGGCGGCGUCGUUGUACGCCGUGCUGCAGGACUACCGGUUUCUUGCCGAGGAGUCGGAGGAGACGGAGACGGCACAGGUGCGUGGCAGUAUUUUUCCAACAACGCCCGUACUUCCCAGCGUGUUUGCGGAAAGUGCCGUCUGUUCUGUGAAUUGCGUGACGUUUGAGCGUCUUCCCAUGAAGUACUACGCCCCAGAGGAGAUGAAGCGGCAGCUGGAAGCAAUCUGCACGCGAAUACCCAAUGCGUUCUUCCUUAACGUACAUUGUAUUCCGGGCGAGGGGUGCGCUGUUGUCUCCUUCAACAGCAAUGAGACUGCGGCCGCUGUCAUGUUUAUGGUGAACUCGGCGAAUGCCACCGGCGCUGCUGGGGGUAACAUCGCUCCCGUUAAAGUGAACGUGGUCCCAGCCACGGAGGCGCAUCAGCAGCUGUUGUGGGGGCCGUUAGUGGAGCGGGUGAAGAAAUUGGAAGAGGAGUGGCGUGUUUGGCACACCAAAUAUGUGGCACAUCCGCCCCACGCGAUUCGUCAGGCGUGGUCGACCGCAAGGGCCAAGGGACUGAAGUUGGAGCAGGAGCUGCGGCAGCUGGCCUCCGAUGAGGCGAUCAAAGACGGCGCGGAGUUGGGGGCUACAGGAACGGCAGCCUCGCCCUCAGAGGAGCAGCUACGCAGGAAACUGCAGCUUCUGCAGGAACGGUUGGGGUGCAAGCAGAUCAUUGACCAGGCGGAGGGGCAGAUGCGGGAGUUGUAUGGGGAGGCCUACGCACAGCAUCUUACCACAGGUCCCACAGAGGCGACGUAUUCGACUAGCAAGGCCAACGUGUCGAAUCACCGCAGGCUUCUCUUCGUUACCGAUCUGCCAGGCGGGCUGGACGACGCGGAGCUGUUGCAGUUCUUUCGCAUCAUCGGUCUGCAGCCCGUACACAUCUGGCGCGACCCCGCUAAGGAGACCUCCAUUUGUGUGGAGGUGCCCAGCGUGGGGCACAGUUUUGCCGUUCUGCGGCAGCUGGACGGGUCAGGGAUGCGUUUUUGUGGGGCGUAUUUCUCCCGUGAACGCGUUGUUGCGGCGUAA